AUGGGCAAUCACACCAACCCCCUCAUGUCUUUCAAACAUUCAAUAGCAAAAGCCCUGACAAUGUUGCUCAUAACACAGUGCAGCCUUGCUUGGUCCGUCGACACACUUUGGCUUCGAGGCGCCACGGAUCUGCUAAAGCGUCGAGGGCCUCCAGAUCCACCAAUCCCGGUGAUUGAUGGCGUGCAGUCCACCAAAAGAUACAUCAGGAACCCAGCGCAGAACCAAGGCGCCUUCUGGUCUGGCUUCCCGUCUCCCCUCACGCAGUCGGCCGCAGCCGCCGCCGGUUUCCAAAAGCUCGAGCAAUCCGUGGCUCCCGAAAUCCUCAGCCACCCGGACGCCAAGUUGGACAGUGCCAACUCCGGGCAGUUCUGGACGUGGAUGUCCGCUGGGUUUUCCGAGACUCUUGUUGAGAACGGCCACAACGAAGUCACAGUUCUUCUACGGGCGCCCAACCGAUUGCUUACCGGCCCAAGUGAUCCAUUCUAA